UUCCAUUUGUAAUUUUGUCAAUUGUAACUAUUAUAUAAUAUUUUUUUCUAAAAAAAAUUGUAUGAAUAAUUAUAUAAAGCAAUAGAAUUACAAAUGAGUUUGGUAUAACAGAAAGAUUGAGUAUAUUUUUGAAAAAAUGGAAUAUACUAAAAAAAGAAGAUUAACAAUUAAGCCGAAAAAUAAUGGUCUUGAGGAUAUUUAUCAACAUGAUUUGCAAAUGUAUGACUUUCCUCCAAGAGGGGAACUACUACUUACAGAAUUUGAACAAUUGGCUAAAGAAAGAUUAAGACUUCUACAACAUGUUGAAAAUAAUGCAGUAAGAACCGAUCUUAAAACACUAGAAGAACGUAAACAAAAUCUAAGCACAGCUUUAACUAAAGAUGGGCUUAAAUAUUAUGCACAUCUUCUAUAUGCAAAGAGUUGCAACUCACCAACAGAAACAGAUUUAGAAUAUAGAAGAAAAGAUCAUAUUUCACAUUUUAUAUUGAGACUGUCAUAUUGCUUUGAAUCAGACAACCUGUCAUGGUUUAUAAAUCAAGAAGUAGAGUUUUUCAAACUAAGGUUUAGUUCAUUAGAUAAAGAAGGAGUAGAAAAAUUGCUUAAUACGCAUAAAAUUGAAUGUCAACAAAUUACACCAGAAGAAAAAGAUAAAUUUAGGGAAGAACUUCAUUUAUCUACAUCAUCCGCAAGAGUCAAGAAUAUUGAUGUGACAGAAUUUUAUAAAGUGCCUUUUCAUAAAGUUACUGACUUAAUUAGAUCACGUAGAGUUUAUUUGAAUCAAGGAAUAGCAUUUAUACCACAAGCAGACUUAGUAUCUUUAUUUGCUUCUUAUUUUAAAAAAAAUUUAUAUGAUGGCAUGCCAGAAGCAAGAAUGUCUGUUGGACGUAUGUAUGGCGAUGAGAGAAUAACCUCAUGUCUCAAAUCUCUAAAUAAUGUUGCUGAUAGAAUAUCUGUUGUUUGGACCACUGAUACUACACCUGUGGAUAAAUUAGAUGAGUUAUCAAAAACAUCAUAUCCCUUAUGCAUGAGAAUAUUACAUGAAUCACUUAAAACUCAUCACCAUCUUAAAAACAGUGGACGUAUGCAGUAUGGUUUAUUUAUAAAAGGCAUAGGAGUAACAAUGACAGAUGCUUUGUCUUUCUGGAAAACUGAAUUCACAAAGAAAAUUGAUUCAGCAAAGUUUGAUAAAGAAUAUGCCUAUUCUAUAAGACAUACUUAUGGUAAAGAAGGUAAACAGACGAAUUACACUCCUCUUGGAUGUCCAAAAAUUAUAUCUUCUUCUGUAAGUGCUGGAGAAUAUCACGGUUGUGCAUUUAAACACAUGGAUCAGAAUUCAUUGAGGCAAAAAUUAUUUAAUUAUGGUGUACCUGCAGCAACUAUUAAUGAAAUAGCAGAUCUCGCCAGAGAACAGAACUAUCUUGGUGCUUGUACAGCAUACUUUAAAUUUAUACAUAAACGUAUGCCAGAUAAACUUAUUAGUCAUCCAAAUGUAUAUUUCGCGGAAAGUCGUGUUAUAUUAGCUAAUAAUGGAACAGAAUUGGAAAAUAAAGAUAGACUUUCACAAAGUGGAAGAUUCACUAGUCCUGGACUUGCAUCUCCCAGCAUCGGUACUCCCAGAAAUAUUGAUAAAGGUAUUGGUACACCUUUAAGGAAUACCAUGACACCUAAGAGAGAUAGAGGUUCUAUGUCAUCAACAAAAAUGGGAAGAACAAAUAUGACUCCAGUUAGAACCACUAGAGCAACUCCAAAAAGAAUAGAAACCCAUCUCAAUGAUGAUGAUAUUGCUCAAUUAAUGAGUGAAGAUAUAUGAAGUGUAAAAAAAUAUAUAUUUGCUAAAUUAUGUACUAUAUUUUUAUUGCAAAAUAAAUAAUAUUU